AUGGCUGUCAACACCACCAUCAACAUCGCCGACACCACCCUAAAAUACUGCGAUGCGCGCGUGGGGGUGGGCAAGCGAUACAGGCUCGCCGACCAGGGUGCCGACGAUUGUCAAUCACCCAUCAUUGACCAAGUCGGCGAGACAUGGACACGGACGGGAGAAGGCAGAAUGGAGAGUAGAGUCAACAUGUCAGACUCGCAAUGGGCAAUCGGAGGCCCUGGAAUGCAGUCUCCCUUGCGUACCUCGCCAGUGUGCAUCGCAAGACAUCAAAGGGCUCUCCGUUUUGGCCCCAAAGUUGCAGUCCGCACCGCACACGGCGCCAGGCCCGUUCGCGGUCCCUCCUUUUUCCCCAUGGGCGCAUUCCCCGCGGCCUUGCGACUCGAACAAACUCCUUGGCCGCCAUUUGUUCUGCUCUUCCAGCUCCUCGGCAACGCCACGUCGAGAAUAGUCACCGGCCAAAAGCCCAGGCCUGCGGUCCAUUUCCCAGACGGACCCAAGGAUCAGGAAUACGGUCUUCCUCCCGCGCGACCGCCAGCCCUGUCGCCGACAUUUGUCCAUUUUCACCUGUUGCACGCCCCCCCUCUCCGUUAA